UGUUUCACCAUGGUUUCACGCAGUGAAGAGCCGUUUCCGUAGGCGAAAAUGAAUUUUGAAAGGGAAAAUUUGCAACUACCCGACUUGUAGCACUUAGCGACAAAGGAAACCCUUCCCGAUGUCUCAGAAAGAAACCCUCGUCGCUGUUGAAGAAAAAUUCGUCCUGGUCUAGUUUUUUAAAUGAUUUUCUUCCACCCCUUUUAAGUUCUGUACUCUGCAGGCGUACCGCAAAUCAUUUCACAGUUUCUUCUGUUUCUUUUUGUUUUUUGGAAUUGAAGCUGGCAAGUGUUGCAGUUAAUGUAAAUUACCGUUUGUAUGCCCAAGAUAAUUUUCUUCAUGUUCGUGGGAGGGCCAUAAAUGUUAUAUUUUAGAUUACCCGCACAGUAGGUAUCCCUUGGUUGGUGUGCUUUAUCAACAGUUCUUCCUUCAACUUGAUUUCUAGAAAAUGCCCACACUGCCACCGACUUGCAAAGAGAAAGAAUGUACAGGGACAAGCUCGCCACUCUGAAAAAGCAGUUGGCACAGCUCAAGGACGACACCCACCCCGAGUACGUCAAGCGGUUGCGCAAGAUUGAGCAACUCUACCAAGAGCGGCUUUUCAUGAACGAGGUCUUCCAAUGUCACGAGAUUGAGCGUGUGGAGCGAGAAUACAUCCAUGAGAAAAAAGCAGCUGUCCGGGAGUUUGAAGAGAAGAAGAUAGACCUGCGUGAAUCGCUCAUAAUGGAACUGGAAGAGAAACGACGUAUGGUGGAAUCGGAGAGGAGCACCAUUGAGCUCACCGGAGGUAGGCUUGCACCUUGCGGUUCCAGCUUGCCGUGGUGUGCAGAUUCCAUGGAGGUGAAGUCUGUGACAACGAGAAAACUACGCAGAAGACCAAAUGAUCCUCUUCCCAUGCCCGAAAAGAGGCGAAAGACUUCACCUACCCAGCUAAACUUCCUCUUGGACGAUGGUGAAAUACUUGACGACCUGAAGAUGCUGAACAAGGGGAAGACUCCGUCCCUUAACAAGAGAUUAGACUUUGAAGAAUACGGAAAUGUGGAUCAUGGCUCGCAUGCAAUUGAGGCCCGGAUAGAGGAUGGCAAGCUGUUCUAUGAGCGAAAAUGUUAUCAAAGAGGCCAGUCCGUCUGCGUGGAUUCAAAAGACAUGGGCCGUUUCUUCGGCGUCAUCUCAGCGGUGGGCACAUCAGAAUUGUGGGUUAAGAAAACCAGCGACAGCGGCAAAGUCAAGAUCCAUCUGUCUCAGCUUCUGAAAGGGAAGGUCAUCUUGCGGAGGAAGUCUGCGUGCUGACAUCACAUUUAGGCUCAGGCAGAACUUCAUGUACAUAGCACAUACCUUUACCAAGUCCAGUAAUAUUAAAACUCCAGUGUACAUUACCAUUUUAUGUAAA